AUGGGCAAGAAAUUCUUUGGCCUCCGAGGCAAUGCCCUCAACUGGGCCAUCUCGACCAUUGCCGGCACAGAUUUCCUUCUCUUUGGUUACGACCAAGGUGUCAUGGGCGGUAUCCUCACGCUGCCCAUCUUCCUCGCCCAGUUUCCCACCAUCGACCCUACCUCCAAUGAUCCUUCGUCCUCCUCGGCCGCCCGGUCCACGUACCAGGGCAUCGCCGUCGCCUCGUACAACCUCGGCUGCUUCAUCGGUGCCAUCAUCACCAUCUUCAUCGGUAACCCCCUCGGUCGUCGCAAGAUGAUCUUCCUCGGCACCGCCAUCAUGGUCGUCGGCGCCGCCCUGCAGGCCAGCGCCUACACCCUGCCGCACUUUAUCGUCGGACGCAUCAUCACCGGUCUCGGCAACGGAGGCAACACGUCCACCGUGCCCAUGUGGCAGUCCGAGACCUGCUCCGCCCACAAGCGAGGCAAGCUCGUCAUGAUCGAGGGCGCCCUCAUCACCGGCGGCAUCAUGAUCUCCUACUGGAUCGACUUUGGCCUCUCCUUCGCUCCUGGCUCUGUCGCCUGGCGCUUCCCCCUCGCCUUCCAGAUCGCCUUCUGCAUCCCCAUCCUUUUCACCGUCCUCUCCCUGCCCGAGUCGCCCCGCUGGCUCAUCCUCAAGGGUCGCGAGGAGGAGGCCCGCGAGGUCAUCGCCAUCAUCGCCGACAAGGAGCCCCACGACAAGUACGUCGAGAACGAGUUCAAGACCAUCAAGGACACCGUCAUGGAGAUGAGCAAGGGCAAGUUCGCCGAUCUCUUUGCCCGCGAUAAGAACAGGACCUGCCACCGCACUAUUAUCGCGUUUGUUAACCAAAUGUUCCAACAAAUCAGCGGGAUCAACCUCAUCACUUACUACGCCGCCGAGAUCUACCGCCGCAUCGGCAUGGGCCCAACCCUCUCCCGCCUCCUCGCCGCCCUCAACGGCACCGAGUACUUCCUCGCCUCCUGGCCCGCCGUCUUCCUCGUCGAGCGCGUCGGUCGCCGCAAGCUCAUGCUGUUCGGUGCCGCGGGCCAGGCCGGGACCAUGGCCAUCCUAGCCGGCGUCAACUCGGUCACCGACAAGCUGGGCUUCCAGAUUGCCGGCAUCGUCUUCCUCUUUGUCUUCAACACCUUCUUCGCCAUCGGCUGGCUGGGCAUGACCUGGCUGUACCCGGCCGAGAUCACGCCCCUGCGCACCCGCGCCCCGGCCAACGCCCUUUCCACCUCGUCCAACUGGAUCUUCAACUUUAUGGUCGUCAUGAUCACCCCCGUCGCCUUUGACACCAUCAAGUACCAGACCUACAUCAUCUUCGCCGCCAUCAACGCCGCCAUGGUGCCCUCCGUCUACUUCUUCUUCCCCGAGACCGCCUACCGCUCCCUCGAGGAGAUGGACGGCAUCUUCCAAAAGGUCUCCGGCUUCAAGGGCGCCUUUGACGUCGUCAAGGUCGCCCGGGAGGAGCCCAGGCGCUACGGCAAGGACGGCGAGCUGCUCAUGGACGUCGAGGAGGUUGAGAAGGCUCCCGGCACUCAUGGCAACGGCAGCUCCGACGACGCGGGCGUCUUGCGCUGA